AUGUCAUCGAUCAAAGAGAGUUCGAAAAAAAUCGUCGAUAUUAUUGGUGUCAUUGAUGGCAUUGCUUUUCAAACCAAUAUUCUCGCCUUGAAUGCUGCGGUUGAAGCAGCGCGCGCUGGUGAGCAGGGUCGUGGCUUUGCCGUGGUGGCAACCGAGGUGCGCAAUCUGGCGCAACGUUCUGCCAAUGCAGCUAAAGAAAUCAAGGAACUCAUCAGCAAUUCUGUCGACAAGGUAGAAGUGGGUUCGCGCCUCGUCGAUGAUGCGGGCAAGACCAUGGAUGAAAUUGUCAUCUCAAUCAAGAAUGUGGCAGACAUCAUGGCAGAAAUUACGUCUGCCAAUGCCCUUCCUGAACGAUCAGGCUGA